AUGCGUCAUCUCAACUUGGAGGCCAAGUCGCCGCUGUACACCCUGUUCACUGAGACCAUAAAUGGUCUUGCGACCAUCCGUGCUUUCAGUUGGAGGCACCACUUCCUCGAGGAAAGCCUGCGUCUCCUUGACUUAUCUCAGAAGCCGUUUUAUCUCAUGUUCUACAUCCAACGUUGGCUCAAUUUCGCGCUCGACCUCUUCGUCGCAUGCAUCGCCGUUGUCCUGGUGGCGUUUGCUGUACAAUUCCCUUACACUACUUCGCAGGGAGCUAUAGAAGUCGCGAUGAUCAACAUCAUCAUGUAA